CGUUCCCCUCUUUUAAAAGCUCUCCCUGCGGCGCUCUCUCUGCUCUCCGCUCGCCUACCCUUCUCUCGGUGGUCUCAUAUUCUCUCUCGAUUCGAGGGCUCCGAUCGAAGCGGAGCUCCACCUCCCCUCGCGCCACCGCCGCCUCCCGACGAAAGCAUGGCAUUGCCAGCUGCAACUCUUGCUCCUCUGCCAAGUCCACAAGUGAUUGGUAGUGCCUUUGUUCACCAGUAUUACCAUAUUCUUCAUCAAACACCAGAACAGGUUUAUAGGUUUUAUCAGGAUUCAAGCAUUCUUAGUCGCCCAGAUUCUGAUGGCAUGAUGACUUCCGUAACAACAUUGCAAGCUAUCAACGACAAGAUUAUGUCAUUAAACUUCAAGGACUGGUUUACUAAGAUAGAGACUGUAGACUCUCAGAUGUCCUACAAGAAUGGUGUGUUCAUUGUUGUUACUGGAUCCUUGACUGGGCUGGAUAAUGUGUGGCAGAAAUUUGCCCAGUCAUUCUUCCUUGCCCCACAGGAAAAUGGAGGUUAUUUUGUCCUAAAUGAUGUUUUUAGAUUUGUGAAUGAAAAGCAACCAGCUGAAAGUAAUCCGAUGUUACUAAAUGGUACCGGCAAUGAUGCCCCUAAAGCCCCAGCAACUGCUGAACCAGAACCAGCUUCAGUUCAGGAGCAUCAUGUAGUGGGCCUUGCAACUCCUCAGUCAGAGGGGAAUGCUGACAAUGGCGAGGAAGUUUUUAACCCAUCAGAGAAUGGUGGUUCAGGAGUUGAAGAUGAGGUUGCUGUGGAUCCACCAGUCCAUGAGAGUCAAAGUGAUGCACGACCAGUUUCUGAGACUACUUCUUCUGUGGCUCAGGAUGAUGCACCUAAGAAGUCUUAUGCAUCAAUUGUUAAGGUUAUGAAGGGAAGCCCAUCACCAAAACCGGUAUAUGUGCCCACUACUAAGACAAAGCCAGCUCCUGCUAGCCCUGAGAAACCUGCGGCUGCAUCCACUGUGCCUGCUCGUGCCCCUGAAACUCCGGUUUCUGAUAGCAAAGGUGUCCCUGAGAAGAACUCUCAUGAAGUGGAGGGUCAUUCCAUCUAUAUCCGCAACCUGCCUUUGAAUGCAACGGCGGAACAAGUUGAGGAUGAGUUCAAGAAAUUCGGGACAAUUAAGGCUGGUGGUGUCCAAGUUAGAAGCCAUAAGAUUGAGCGCUUUUGUUUUGGCUUUGUUGAGUUUGAGUCACUAAAAUCCAUGCAAGAUGCAAUUGAGGCAUCACCAAUCAUGAUUGGAGGGCGUCAAGCUUAUGUUGAGGAGAAGAGAACCACAACACGAGUUGUUAAUGGUGUUGUAACCAAUGGCGCCAAUGGUAAUAGUGGGAGAGGGCGCUUCCUAUCAGGAAGGGGUGGUUUUCGAAAUGACAAUUUUAGGGGACGUGGAGGUUUCGGGGGCAGCAUGGGCUACAGGAGGAGUGAAUUCAGGAACCGAGGUGAGUACAUGGGCCAGGGUCAUGGCCAAGUAGCCCGUGUUGGUGAUGUUUAUCAGCAGCGAGUCUUUCAGAACGGGAAUGGUAGGAUUGGCCGCGUCAAUGGGCUGAAGCAAACUGCAGUUUCUGCAUGAAAGUUUUGAAUGAAGGGGAACCUUCCUUAGUGAGGACCAGAACUGAUGACCUUUUUCCUUUUUAACAGAUUAGUGGUUUGUUCUUCAAUGAGGAAUGUGAUAUAUGAUUCCAAAACCAUGCCAAGGAAAUCGUUUUUGACUUGGUUGUCACAACUGCGGAUAACAAUUCUUUCUUUUUUUUUUGAAUUAGUGUAUCCUAUAUUCUUCUCUGAGUUAGAUUUAGGUCAAGUGCCAAGUAUAUCUGUGGCUGAAUUUGGGGUUAAGUAUAGAUUCUGAAGCUCAAAUCAGUUGCUGCCAAAUUAGUGCUCUGAAUUAGCUCAUCUUGUGGAGAUUGAAAGAAAAUCUUUGAUAAUCGAUUGUUUUCUAGUGCAAUUACUUCAAAAAUUUUGCUCAUUGUACUAGUUUAACUUGGGAAAUUUGAAAGCCUGAUGGGCAAGCAACUUCUGCAACAGAGAUCAACAUAUCCACUCUUAUGUAUAUAUGGUAGUUUUUACCUUAAUUGUGUUAUACUCCCUCCGACAUUUUUGGAUAAUUUGGCUGAAUUGCUAAUGAAGCAAGAGGCUUGCUAGGUGAGUAAUUUCUUGCUGAAGGUUCUGCGUAAUUUCAAUUUAUCCCAUGGCAUGGAACAUGUGCUGCUGUGACACCAUCCAAGUUGAUUCCCUGUAUUAUCUUUACGGGCAUUGGAGUUCGUUGCAUUGUGUAUAAGCACUCCGCAAUGCAGAAAGAGAGGUUGUCACUGUCUGCCUAAACUCGAUACUUCUUUGGUAAACUAUGAUCUUUGGACAGGCAUCGUGGAAAAGGUUAUUGAUGACCGGUUAACCAUAGUUGUUCAGGAAGACAAUUGGGUGCGGAAAUAGUGCCCUUUCGCUUGGUUAGCUUGUAAUUUUGCCUUUCAUCAGUUGCUGCUUGCUCAUACUUUGUGACAUGACGUUAUGAUGAACUCUUUCUUUCCCGUGUGCUUCUACUUGGAUCAUUCUCCAAAAA